AUGGAAAAUAUUAAUGAAAGUUUACAAACUUCAAGGGUACCUGUCUUUGAUGAAUAUAUAUGUCCAAAUAUUUAUGGUAAUAUUUUGAAUCAAAAUAAUCAAUUAUAUAAAGACAUAACUUAUAAUAUUCAUAAACUUAAUGAAGCAAUUGCUCUAUCACCUAAACAGCAUCAAUCACUUGGUGAUCUAUUUUAUACAACUCAAACUUUUUUCAAUCGCAUUAUUGCCUCUCCAGAACUUUUUAAUAGUUGUAUUGUUGAUAGUAUUCAUGAGAUAGGAUCUUAUAUUACGAGCAUGACAAUAAGAACAAAUCCAAUAGCAGAUUUUGUUAUAGUGUUUAAGACACUUCCAACUAUUGAAUCUGUUAAACUUCUUGGAGAAGAAUGUAUAAGAGAAAUAAAAACUAAAUUAGAUGUUGAUUGUACAAUGAUAAUGCAUGAUUUUGGUUGUGACAUUACGGAUAGUGUCACAUGUAUCCGCUUGUUAGUAACAACUAUACCUCAAAAUCGUUGUAAAAUAAAGGAAAACAUUCAUUUAAAAAAGGAAGCCUUAAUGUUAACUGAACAAUAUUUAAAAAAUAGUUAUUGGUUUAUUGAAGUAUAUAAACGAUUUAGGAAUCCUUCUUUAAAAAUUCUUGUUUCAGUAAUUAAAUAUAUUGUUGAUUCUUUUGAUGGAUUUAAAGGAUUGAAUCCUCAUAUUAUUCAUGUUUUAAGUCAAUAUUGUUUGAUUUUUCAAAUUAAUUGCCAGUGGCAUUCUUCUUCCAAAUUCUAUUUCUCCAAUUGA